CUCCAUUCUCUCUCUCUCUCUCUCUCAUAUUCCUUUCAUCCUGUAUCUUCUCUAGCAAGGAAGACAAAACCCUAACCUGAGACUAAAGCGAGAUAGAGAUAGAAAGAGAGAGAGGAGGUGAGAAUCUGAUGAGAGCGGCACGACGAUGAUGAUGGAGAAGAGAGAAGAAGAGAUGGACGUCGCGGCGGCGGCCGGAGUCUCCCCGUUCGCCGCCGACCAGAUCGGUGGGAUCUUCGACACGGCCUUCGACGUCAGAGGGGCAGACAAGAGCUCCCAGGGCUUUCUCGAGCUGCUUGGCUUCCAGGACCUUCACAGGUCCUUCUUCGACAUCCCACUCCCGGCGCCGACGGUGGAGGUGGCCCCCUCGGUCCCCCCGCCGGAGUCCUCCGAGGUGCUCAACUUUCCGGCGACCCCGAACUCGUCCUCGAUCUCCUCCUCCUCCACCGAGGCUGCCACUGACACUGCCGAUCCGGCCAAGCCCCACCGCGAGGAGGAGGAGCAAGGCAAGGCCAAGAAAACUGGCUCGAAGGAAGGGAAGAAGAAAGGGCAAAAGCGUCAGAGGGAGCCAAGGUUCGCGUUCAAGACGAAGAGCGAAGUGGAUCACCUUGAAGACGGUUACAGGUGGCGCAAGUACGGGCAGAAGGCCGUCAAGAACAGCCCCUUCCCCAGGAGCUACUACCGGUGCACCCACGCCACGUGCGGCGUGAAGAAGCGCGUGGAGCGGUCGUCGGAGGAUCGGACGGUGGUGGUGACGACCUACGAGGGCCAGCACAACCAUCCCUGCCCCAUCGUGCCACGUGGCGGCCAUCCAGCACCCUUGCCUCCGCUCGCUGCCGAGCCUCCCCCGCCGCCGCCGGGGCUCGGCUUCGUUUUCCCUUCGUUCCAGGUGAAGGAUCUCCACUUCCCCUACCUCACCAGCUACCUCCCUCCGCCGCUGGAUUUCCAGCACGUGUCUACUGGUAUCGUCGCGUCAGCCCCCGGCGAUCGGAGACUCUGCAAUCCGACGGCCGAUGUUCCGAUAAGGGAUCACGGGCUGCUUCAGGACUUGAUUCCAUCGGAUAUCGGGAAGAAGGAAGAGUAGAUAUUUGGUAUGUUAGUUCUUUUUUCUCUUUCUUUAUAUUUGGGUUUGUCCCCUUUUUAUUUUUUUCUCUCUCUCCCCUUUUUAGGGGGGAUUAUCGCUGACUGAUGGUAGUUGGAGAGCCGUCCAUUUCAUGUACACAGAUUUCCCACCGGUGAUGAUGUAUUGCUGCUGCUACUACUAUGUAUGAUGAUUACUUUUUUUUUCUCCUUAUCAAAGCGUUGUCGUUUGGGAUAAAAA